UUCAUUCUUUAACCCAUCACUAACUUACCUUCUCUUUUUCUUCACUUGCUGUCUUUCGUUUUCUCGUUCAUCCAGGAACCCUUUACAAUCCCCUUAAUUACGAAACAAUUAAACAUCAUCUACGUACGUUGUUUUCGCGAAACAGUACUUUCACAAUACUGAAAAACAACAUAAGAACAAGUUGUUUCUAAGAGGCAAAAGCAAGGACGCGUUGAAAUGGCAAAUACGUUUGCGUAUCGCUUUUAGCCACCGAUCAUUUCUGGCUUCGCUGUUCGCACAAUAUAGAGUUUGAGCAGCAAAGAGAAGUAAAGGAAAAUGGCGGGUUUUUGGAGCGUGUUUUGUGGGGAAUCUGGUUGUUCAGAGGCUGGAAGAAUGCCUUGCAGCUAUGAUUUUAGGCUUCUCAUUGAUCCUUCCACUUGUGUCAACCAUUUGUUGAAUUCUUGCUUUGAUGUGUUGCUGCUUAUCAUGCUUGCAUGCAUUAUGAUCCAGAAAUCAUCAUUAAAACCAUCUCGUGGUCUAACACAGGUGCAAAGAUAUUCAUAUUUUCAGCUAGUUUCUGCCAUAGCCAACGGUGCUCUUGGGUUGACACUUUUGUGCUUUGGCAUUUGGGUUUUAGAAGAAAAGUUGAGGAAAAACCAAACUGCGUUGCCUCUUAAUUGGUGGUUGCUAGAAAUCUUUCAUGGAUUAACAUGGUUGUUAGUGAGUUUAACAAUAACUCUUAAGUUGAAACAACUUCCAAAAGCAUGGUCAAGGCCUUUUUCUGUUCUAAUCUUCUUGGUUUCUGAUUUUUUCUGUGCUUCAUCAGUGUUUUAUGCAAUUAGUAGCAGAGAACUAUCCCUUAAGAUCUCUUCAGAUAUUCUAUCUUUUCUUGGGGCGAUAUUAUUGUUAUUAUGCACGUAUAAGGAAUCCAAGCAUAGGGACACUGACAGUGAAAUUGAUGAAAAUCUUUAUGCCCCCUUAAAUGGUGAGUCCAACAAAAAUGAUUCUAUUAGAUAUGUAACCCCAUUUGCCAAAACUGGAUUCUUUGGCAGAAUGACAUUUUGGUGGUUGAAUCCAUUGAUGAAAAUGGGCAAAGAGAAAACACUUCAUGAUGAAGACAUUCCGCGGUUGCGGGAGGAGGAUCGAGCAGAAAGUUGUUAUUUGCUGUUUCUGGAUCAAUUGAACCGACAGAAACUGAACGAUCAAUCCUGGCAGCCAUCAGUUUUGAGGACAAUAAUUUUAUGCCAUUGGAAAGAAAUUUUAAUAUCAGGAUUCUUUGCAUUGCUAAAGGUAGUUGCUCUGUCUUCAGGACCUCUUCUUCUGAAUUCUUUUAUAUUGGUUGCUGAGGGUAACGAGAGUUUCAAAUAUGAAGGUUUUGUGUUGGCCAUAUCACUUUUCUUUACAAAAAACAUAGAAUCCUUAUCACAAAGGCAAUGGUACUUCCGCUGCCGACUCAUUGGUCUGAAAGUUAGGUCGUUGCUAACUGCAGCCAUUUAUAGAAAACAAUUGAGGUUAUCCAAUUCUGCUAGAUUGAUGCACUCUAGUGGUGAGAUAAUGAAUUAUGUGACUGUGGAUGCUUAUAGAAUUGGUGAAUUUCCCUAUUGGUUUCACCAGACUUGGACAACAAGCUUUCAGCUAUGUAUCUCAUUAGUAAUACUUUUUCGUGCUGUUGGAUGGGCAACAAUUGCCUCCUUGGUGGUGAUAGUAAUCACUGUGCUUUGCAAUACUCCACUCGCAAAGUUACAGCACAAGUUUCAAAGCAAACUUAUGGUGACACAAGAUGAUAGAUUGAAGGCUUGUUCUGAGGCUCUUGUGAAUAUGAAGGUGUUGAAGUUGUAUGCGUGGGAAACCAAUUUUAGAAGUUCUAUAGAGAGAUUAAGGAAUGAGGAGCUCAAAUGGUUGUCUGCAGUGCAAUUAAGAAAGGCAUACAACACCUUUCUCUUUUGGUCCUCUCCUGUGUUGGUCUCUGCUGCUUCCUUUGGGGCAUGUUACUUUCUUAAUGUUCCAUUGCAUGCAAAUAAUGUUUUCACUUUUGUUGCAACUUUGCGCCUUGUUCAAGAUCCAAUCAGAACCAUCCCUGAUGUUAUUGGGGUGGUCAUUCAGGCAAAAGUCGCGUUUGCUCGGAUUGUCAAAUUCCUGGAGGCACCUGAACUUCAGAGUGUAAAUAUCACACAAAGGUGUCUCAAUGAGAAUAAGAGGGGUUCAAUUUUAAUCAAGUCUGCUGACUUUUCAUGGGAAGAUAAUGUAUCAAAGCCAACACUGAGAAACAUAAAUUUGGAGGUUAGACCAGGGCAAAAGGUGGCUAUCUGUGGAGAGGUUGGCUCAGGCAAAUCAACUCUCUUAGCAGCAAUUCUCAGAGAAGUUCUUAAUACUCAGGGGACAACUGAGGUUUAUGGGAAGUUUGCCUAUGUUUCUCAAACAGCAUGGAUACAGACAGGUACAAUAAAGGAGAAUAUAUUGUUUGGAGCAGCUAUGGAUGCUGAAAAAUAUCAAGAAACACUUCACAGGUCUUCACUAUUGAAGGACCUUGAGUUGUUUCCGCAUGGUGAUCUCACUGAAAUAGGGGAGAGAGGAGUCAAUCUGAGUGGAGGUCAGAAGCAGCGAAUUCAACUUGCACGUGCACUAUAUCAGAAUGCUGAUAUAUAUCUCUUGGAUGAUCCAUUCAGUGCUGUUGAUGCACAUACUGCAACAAAUUUGUUUAAUGUAAGGAAAAGUUCUUUUCUUCAGGUACUACAUUCAUAUCUUGGUGUUAUUAUAUUUUUACUUAUAGAUGGCUUUUCAACUGGACAGGAAUACAUAAUGGAAGGACUUGCAGGGAAAACAGUCUUGCUCGUUACUCAUCAAGUUGACUUCCUUCCAGCAUUUGAUUCUGUUUUGUUGAUGUCAGAUGGGGAAAUCAUAGAAGCUGCUCCGUAUUACCAUUUGUUGAGCUCAAGCCAAGAAUUUCAGGACCUUGUGAAUGCCCACAAAGAGACUGCUGGUUCUGACCGACUUGUGGAAGUUACUUCUCCGCAGAAACAAUCAAAUAGUGCUAGAGAAAUUAGAAAAACAUCUACGGAGCAGCAUUAUGAAGCAUCAAAAGGUGAUCAAUUGAUUAAGCAAGAAGAGAGAGAGAAAGGAGACCAAGGGUUCAAACCGUAUAUACAGUAUCUGAAUCAGAACAAAGGAUAUAUAUACUUCUCUGUGGCUGCUCUUUCUCACCUAACAUUUGUGGUUGGCCAAAUAUUGCAAAACUCAUGGAUGGCCGCUAGUGUUGACAAUCCUCAAGUCAGCACUUUGCAAUUGAUUCUUGUUUACUUGCUGAUUGGAGUUAUUUCAACACUAUUCUUGUUGAUGAGAAGUCUUUUUGUAGUUGCUUUGGGCCUUCAAUCAUCAAAGUCUUUGUUUUCACAGUUACUGAACUCCCUUUUUCGUGCCCCCAUGUCAUUUUAUGACUCCACUCCUUUAGGAAGGAUACUUAGUAGGGUCUCCUCAGAUCUCAGCAUUGUGGACCUUGAUGUCCCAUUUGGCUUUGUUUUUGCUGUGGGAGCCACUAUGAAUUGCUAUGCUAAUCUAACCGUUUUAGCUGUUGUUACUUGGCAAGUCUUGUUUGUCUCCAUACCAAUGAUUUAUUUUGCAAUCAGCCUGCAGAGAUAUUACUUUGCCUCUGCAAAAGAACUGAUGCGGCUGAAUGGCACCACAAAAUCCUUUGUUGCUAACCAUCUUGCUGAAUCUGUUGCUGGAGCUGUGACAAUAAGGGCUUUUGAGGAGGAAGAUCGUUUUUUUGAGAAAAAUCUUGAUCUGAUUGAUGUCAAUGCGAGUCCUUACUUCCAAAGUUUUGCAGCAAAUGAGUGGUUGAUUCAACGAUUAGAAACAGUCAGUGCUGUUGUUCUUGCAUCUGCGGCACUAUGCAUGGUUGUACUUCCACCUGGAACUUUCUCCUCUGGAUUUAUUGGCAUGGCUCUCUCUUAUGGCCUUUCACUUAACAUGUCCUUAGUAUUUUCAAUUCAAAAUCAAUGCAACAUAGCCAAUUAUAUAAUAUCAGUGGAGAGGCUAAAUCAGUACAUGCAUAUACCAAGUGAGGCUCCAGAAGUAAUAGCAGGAAAUCGUCCUCCUGCGAAUUGGCCAGUUGCUGGUAGAGUACAAAUAAACGAAUUGCAGAUACGUUAUAGGCCUGAUGCGCCACUAGUACUUCGUGGAAUCACAUGCACAUUUGAAGGAGGCCACAAGAUUGGUAUUGUUGGCAGAACAGGCAGUGGAAAGUCUACUCUUAUAGGCGCCUUAUUCCGUCUAGUAGAGCCAGCAGGUGGAAAAAUCAUUGUUGAUGGCAUUGACAUUUGCUCCAUUGGUCUCCAUGAUUUGAGGUCCCGUUUUGGUAUUAUACCUCAGGAUCCUACUCUUUUUAAUGGGACAGUCAGAUACAAUUUGGACCCAUUAUCACAACACUCUGAUCAAGAGAUAUGGGAGGCUCUUGGGAAGUGUCAGUUGCAAGAGACUGUCCAGGAGAAAGAGGAGGGAUUAGACUCUUCAGUUGUUGAAGCUGGAGCAAACUGGAGCAUGGGACAACGACAGUUAUUCUGUUUGGGGCGUGCUCUUCUAAGGCGAAGUAGGAUAUUGGUGCUUGAUGAAGCAACUGCAUCAAUUGAUAAUGCAACUGAUUUGAUUUUGCAGAAAACCAUUAGGACCGAGUUUUCAGAUUGUACAGUGAUCACAGUAGCUCACAGGAUACCAACUGUGAUGGAUUGCACUAAGGUUCUUGCCAUCAGUGAUGGGAAACUUGUGGAGUAUGAUGAGCCGAUGAACUUGAUAAAGAGAGAAGGAUCACUGUUUGGGAAGCUUGUUAAGGAAUACUGGUCUCAUUUUCAGUCUGCAGAAUCUCAUUGAGGCUGAACAUGGCUCUCAUAUCUUUUUCUCUGGAUUAAUAAGAAGCCAAGAAAGUGUACAUAGUAGGAUGUAAAGUGUAUUAUAUUUGGAAAACCCUGAGGCUUGAGAAGUGAGAAGUGGGAAGUAAGAAGAAAAUGGUGCAAUGGUAUUCUAAUGUACCAUUUUCUAGAAUGACUUUGAUCUGUUUUACAGUGGAAAGCUCCAUUAUUAUCAAUCGUUGCUUAUAAUUUCACAUUUUUUAGCAA